CUGCCACCCCUCGCCCCUCUCCAACUCCUACUCUCUCUCUCUCUCUCCCCUCACCCACAGUCAACCAGAGUCGUCGCAGACAUGGCUGAUAAGUACAUCCCCGAGCACCGCCGCACGACGUUCAAGGCGAAGAGCGCGUUCAAGCCGGACGAGCUGCGCCGCCGCCGCGAGGAGCAGCAGGUCGAGAUCCGCAGGGCAAAGCGUGAGGAGAAUCUCGCAAAGCGCCGUGGUAUCGCAGGGCGCGACCAGCCGGGCGCCUCGCUCGGUGCUGCCCCCGACAGCGACGAUGAGGGUGGCAAUAUUGAAAGCCAGCUCAACGAAGAACUCCCCCAGAUGGUCAAGGGCGUCUUUUCCGAGCAGAUUGACGAGCAGAUCCAAGCGACAACCAAAUUCCGCAAGCUCCUCUCCAAAGAGCGCAACCCCCCGAUCGAGCGCGUAAUCGAGACAGGCGUCGUCAGCCGCUUUGUCGAGUUCCUGCGCUCCCCACACACGCUCGUGCAGUUUGAGGCGGCAUGGGCCCUCACCAACAUCGCCUCGGGCUCAGCGCAGCAGACACAGGUCGUCAUCGAGGCCGGCGCCGUGCCCAUCUUUGUCGAGUUGCUCAGCAGCCACGAGCCAGACGUCCGGGAGCAGGCGGUUUGGGCCCUGGGUAACAUCGCCGGUGACAGCCCCGCAUGCCGCGACUUUGUACUGCAGGCGGGUGCCCUCCGCCCACUGCUUGCCCUUUUGGGUGACAGCCGCAAGCUGAGCAUGUUGAGGAACGCUACCUGGACACUUAGCAACUUCUGCCGUGGCAAGACGCCGCAGCCAGACUGGCAGACUAUUCAGCCCGCCCUCCCCGUCCUCUCCAAGCUCGUAUACUCGCUCGACGAUGAGGUCCUCAUCGAUGCGUGCUGGGCCAUCUCGUAUCUCUCCGAUGGCUCCAACGACAAGAUCCAGGCCGUCAUUGAGGCAGGCAUUCCCCGCCGCCUGGUCGAGCUGUUGAUGCACGCCUCCACGUCUGUCCAGACCCCCGCCCUCCGAUCCGUUGGAAACAUUGUUACUGGUGAUGACGUCCAGACACAAGUCAUCAUCAACUGCGGCUCGCUCCCUGCCCUGCUUUCGCUGCUGAGCUCCACCAAGGACGGUAUCCGCAAGGAGGCCUGCUGGACCAUCUCCAACGUCACCGCCGGCAACUCUACCCAGAUCCAGGCCGUCAUCGAUGCCAACAUCAUCCCUCCUCUCAUCCACCUUCUCCAGAACGGCGACUUCAAGACACGAAAGGAGGCCUGCUGGGCCAUUUCCAACGCAACUUCCGGUGGUCUGCAGAAGCCUGAUCAGAUUCGCUACUUGGUCCAGAGCGGUUGCAUCAAGCCGCUCUGCGACUUGCUUGCCUGCCCCGAUAACAAGAUCAUCCAGGUCGCUCUUGACGGUCUUGAGAACAUCCUCAAGGUCGGCGAGAUGGACAAGGAUGCCAGUGAGGGUGGUGCCAAUGGCGAGCCCAUCAACCGCUAUGCUCUCUUCAUCGAAGAAGUCGGCGGCAUGGAGAAGAUUCACGAGUGCCAGAACAAUGCCAACGAGGAGAUUUACAUGAAGGCCUACAACAUCAUCGAGAAGUACUUCUCAGAUGAGGAGGGUGAGGCGGAGAACAUGGCCGAGGGCGGUCCCCAGGUCAACCAGGAGGGUCACUUUGGCUUCGGCGCUGCCAACGCUCAGCAACAACAACAAAACUUCAACUUUGCCAACGGAGGCGACUCGAUGGAUAUGUAAGCCGAGUGCACCUCCAGUCCGCGUUGCCAGCUAUUGAGCCGUACGCUGCUGCAGAGCAGUAACUACUUUCCCACCAGCCAGCCAAAUGAGCCUGGCCGGCCCGUCCGCCAUCAUCGUACAGCCAAUUGGAAGUCAUAUUCGCUACACGAUUGAUACAUGGCCCUUGGAAAUGUAACUUUUGCUCGCGCUGCGAGGAUUUCACGUUUCCUUCGCAAUACCCCCCAUCUUCAUCAGCCCGGCUCCUUUGUUGAGUCAUCCCUUCACCAUGAUUUUCACGAAGCCUUCAAUGAUACACCGUCAUGUAACCCCUCCAAUGUCUAUUAUCCGCAUCAUAUCCCCGGCGUUGCGUGUUUGGCCUUCUGCUGCUGUUCC